GCUAGUAAACAUAGCCAGACAUGAACAUAAAGAGAGAAAACUUGACAAGAAGAAAUGAGAGGAUCAAGAACUGACUGGAGAUCAAAUUAAACUUAGAGAAAAAGAAAUUAAAAACUAAAAAAAGGAAGUGAAAAGUAUAAUGAUAUAGGCUAGGGAGGCUUAGAGAGAGGUCAAAUCAGACAUGAAGGACCAAAUGGAAAUGAUAGGAGCUAAUGAAGGACCGGCAGCCACCAGAUCUGUGGCAACCAUCACUGAUAUUAAAGGAUUAGCAAAUUCACACGUUCCUGAGUUCUCCAAGAGACAUCCUCUCAUCCCCAAGCGGUAUGUGAUGCCCUGGAAACAAGACAUGGUUAACAGGAAGCUUAUUACAAAGUAUGCAGAUCUAGUGGGGAUAUAUAAAGGUCCUCAUGAAGAAAGUCUGUUUUUGGAGAACAAAGAGAGGAUUUGUCAUGAAGAGGAGUUCAAAGUCAUCAAAGAGAAAAUUAAGGACCUGUCACUAAUGGAGAACACAGAUUUUCCCAUGCACUCUCCUCUGUACAAGUAUAAGAGUUACAUACGUAGACAUCACAGCAAAAAUCUCAGCCUGUUGAGUUAAUAAAACCAAAUGCCAACUGUGCAGACUGGCAGAUUCAUUUUUAAAAGACAGUCUGGUACACAAUAUUGAUCCCCUUGUAAUGCUAUUUUUUUACAUCUAUAAAACUGACUUUUCUUUCUAAAGAGCACAUUCUUUGUAGUGACAUAAUGGAGUGUAGUGUAUCAUUAGGCUUUUCUAACUAGUAGCUAGAUUCCAUUGUUUUAAAGCAGGACUGCCCAUACUUGAGUCAAAUAAGGAUCUACUUUUGUGAACCAUCUGUAUCAGUGUGAUUUAUAUUUGCACUUGCUAAAUGGAAAGAGAUCUGAGCUUGCACAUAUUGGUUACUGAAGUUCCUAAUGUCUUUAUGUUAAAGGGACAUUAAGCUAACCAUGUCAUUAAUUUUAAAGAUCUAUAGCUGAAACAUGUUGAUGUGCAUUUUAGUUUCCAAUUAAAACAGUUUUGCAACAUAAAAAAAUAUACAAAUCCCACCACUUCAAAUAUAAUUUUAUUGUGCAGUCAUAUCCAAAGAUAUCCAAUAACCCUACAAUAAUAUUAUAAAAAUAGAUCAAAUACAAUGAGGCCCCAAUACAUCAAUUCCCCCAUACACUUUACAUAUAUACUGGGAAAAAAAAAUCACCCCAAGGAAUCCCAAAGGGGCCAUUGUAAAUAGGACUGAAUCACAUGAAUUAGGUUCCCUAUAUGUAAAGUGUCAAUUGUGCUAUCCACUUAAUUUUGUAAUCCACAAUCAUUAAACACUGCUGUCCUUGGGAAGCAUAUAAACAGCAAAGUCUGGGUGACACUCGUUUCUGGAUUCGGCCCUUUCUCAAGGAGUCUGCUGUAUUGGUUCACAUGGUGGGGUAGAUUUAUUAAUAGCCUAGUGGACAUUAUGCGCUAGUGAACUGCUUGUGCAAGGCUGCUCCAUGCUCACUGCUAUCAGAGGCUGUCACUCAUCCCGAUGGCAUCAGGAUGAUUUCAAUCCGCCACCUAAAAGGUGGCGGACAAGUUAAGAAUCAGCGGUCUUACAAUAAGGCUCCGAAGCAGCAUGCGCUGCUUAAUAAAUGGACCCUGGUGCCUCUAAAUAGUCCACUCCUGUUAACUGGUUGGAUAAAAGUUCUAUUUAUAUAUAAUCAGUUUGUAAAUUAAAAAUGAUGCAUGCUACAUACUUGUUCUUAAUACAGCAGUUAUAUAUUAUACUAGCUGCUUGCUUUUUGUCCUAUUAUUACAUAGUAAAUAUAUAUAAGAAAUAAUGUUAUUGUUUCACACUACUUUAUUUAUAUUUUUUCUAUUCAGAUAAACCAAAAUUAUUAUGCUCAACAUGAAUUUGUACUGAUAGAUCCUGAUCUACCUUUUGGACACACGUGUUAUUUUAUAUCUAAAUAAAUGUACUUUUUAAAGCA